GGAGUCAGCUGAGGCGGGGAGAGGCCAGGCUCGGCGGCGUCGCCUCGUGUGCGCAGCGGCCGCACAAGUUUCCUUCGUGCUGCUCCGCGCCCGCCCGGGCUCCAACUUCCCGCCGCGGCGGCAGCGGGGGAGCGGCCAGGCGGGCCGGGCGCGCAGCCUUGCCACUAGUUGCUGGCUCAGAAGCUACUUUCCGGCUCUAACUCAGAUGUGACAAGUGCCGUGAAGCAGUAGAAGUAAUUUGAAGAAAAUUUGAACGAACAAAUGGCUUUAGCUGGCUGCCCAGACUCCUUUCUACAUCUUCCAUACCGGCUUGACAAUGUAGAUCAGACUUCAACUCAUGCUCGACGAGACUUGGUGGAACCAGGAUUCCAAGAACCUUCUAAUCGCAUGUCCCUGAAUCACCAAGAUGACGAUGUGGACCUAGAAGCUUUGGUAAACGACAUGAACUCCUCAUUUGAAAGCUUGUACACUACCUGCAGUAUGCAGUCAGAAACCACUCCACUUCUUCAAAAUGGUCAAUUUAAUCGCAGCCAAUUGCCAUCCUCAGGAACAAGUUCACUUCACCCUAUGUCUCCAAGGCAGAAGGUGCAGCGAUCUCAGCCAGUACGCAUUAUGGCAGUGAGACGUCUACAAGAAGAAGAGCAACAGUUCAGAACAUCAUCCUUGCCUGCCAUACCAAAUCCAUUUCCAGAGCUCUGCAGUCCUACAAGCUCUCCAGUGCUGACCCCUGGGUCUUUACCUCAAAGUCAACCUGCUAUUAAGCAUGAUGUAAAAGUCUUUAGUGAAGAUGGAACAAGCAAAGUGGUCGAGAUUCUAGCAGACAUGACAGCCAGGGACCUCUGCCAGCUGCUCGUUUACAAAAGUCAUUGUGUGGAUGAUAACAGCUGGACCCUAGUGGAGCAUCACCCUCAACUAGGAUUAGAGAGAUGCUUAGAAGACCAUGAACUCAUAGUCCAAGUCGAGUCCACAAUGGGAAGUGAAAGUAAAUUUUUGUUCAGGAAGAAUUAUGCAAAAUACGAAUUUUUUAAAAAUCCUAUGAAUUUCUUUCCAGAGCAGAUGGUGGCUUGGUGUCAGCAAUCAAAUGGCAGUAUCCCACAAUCCCAGCUCCUGCAGAAUUUUUUGAACUCCAGUAGCUGCCCUGAAAUUCAAGGUUUCUUGCACGUCAAAGAGCUAGGUCGGAAAUCAUGGAAGAAAUUGUAUGUAUGUUUGAGGAGGUCGGGACUUUAUUGCUCUACGAAAGGAACUUCAAAGGAGCCAAGACAUUUGCAGUUGUUAGCCGACCUAGAAGACAGCAAUAUUUUCUCACUGAUAGCAGGCAAGAAAUUGUAUAAUGCUCCAGCAGACUAUGGAUUUUGCAUAAAGCCCAACAGAGUGAGAAAUGAACCUAAGGAGCUGAGAUUGCUGUGUGCAGAAGAUGAGCAGAGCAGGACAUGUUGGAUGACAGCAUUUAGACUCCUCAAGUAUGGAAUGCUACUGUAUCAGAACUACAGAAUCCCCCAGCAGAGAAAAGCCCUGAUUCCACACUUCUCCACUCCAGUGAGAAGCGUAUCCGAAAACUCGCUAGUAGCAAUGGAUUUUUCGGGACAAAUAGGAAGAGUUAUUGAAAAUCCUGCAGAAGCACAGUGUGCCGCCUUAGAAGAAGGACAUGCUUGGAGGAAACGCAGCACAAGAAUGAACAUCUUAGGUAGCCAAAGUCCACUCCAUCCUUCCACACUGAGCACAGUUAUCCAUAAGACACAGCACUGGUUUCAUGGAAGAAUCUCUCGAGAAGAAUCUCACAGGAUUAUUAAACAACAAGGGCUUGUGGAUGGGCUAUUUCUCCUCCGGGACAGCCAAAGCAACCCAAAGGCAUUUGUACUAACACUGUGUCACCAUCAAAAAAUUAAGCAUUUUCAAAUCUUACCGUGUGAGGACGAUGGACAAAUAUUUUUCAGCCUCGAUGAUGGGAAUACCAAAUUCACUGAUCUAAUUCAGCUUGUCGAGUUCUACCAACUAAACAAAGGAGUCUUGCCCUGCAAACUCAAACACCACUGCAUCCGAGUGGCCUUAUGACAUCAUAUCUGACCCUCACCGAAGACUGGAUUUUCUAGAAGGAGAAUUGUUAAGAGAAAGUUGACACUGGGGAAUUGGCAGAUUUGUAAGUUGGUAAAAAUAUUAUGCACCUUGGGACUCUGAAAGGGAUUGGAUUCAGUUGGUGCCAACAGACCAAGAUUACUGGUUUGUCCAACACCUAAGAGUGAUUGCUGCUGAGUGUCCCAGCAUCCCAAAAAUGUGGGGGGAGGGUAUGAAAAAAUCAUUAGCAAAUUUGUAACAAAACUGGAAGCUAUCUUGGCUGGGCCACUUAACAAACAAGUUGUGAAGAGAAAUCUUUGAAAAGAACUCUUGCCCUGGAAUAAUCUUGACAAUUAAGACUAGUGUGUUUACUUUUUGUAUUGAUCACUUUUUUUGCACUCCUACUUUGUUUCGAAUAUUGUAUGCAGCCUAUAUUAGGAGCUGAUGUGGCUUUUAAAUUCAUGCAGGAGUUGGGUAUUAAUCUAAACCCUAACAUGUAUGGAAUGCUUCAGCCUAAAAAGGAUCUAGAAGAAAACCCAGAAGUAUUUGCACGCGCGUGUAUGUGUGUACGCAUGUCCAUGCACGCACACACACACGUGUGUGUGUGUGUGUGUGUGUGUGUGUGAAAACUUCUCUGGAGACCUGAGGUUGUCACCUGCAGAUGUCUUUUGAAAAAGGUAUAUGGAUACAGUUCUAAAAGAACAUACCACCAUAUGUACUCUUAGAACUGUUGACUUUUAGCAUAAUGGCUGUAGUAUGUUUAUGGCAUAUUAGUGGUACCCAGUCAUGCAAAGACUGUGUUAGUCAGACUCUAUGCACAAAUGUUGAACCUUUUUAUUAUUGAUGUGGUGGUUUGUUUGUUUUUCAGCCUAUUGACUUUGUUUUCCUAGGGAUAUUUACUGUUAUUAAAUAGAAUUGGGCUGAAUGACCACACUUGUAUUUGGAACCAGCUGUUUUUGUGUGAACAAUACUUAUGCUGAUGAUCUACUUAGUAUGACAAAAGAUCAGUGUUUUUUAGCUUUAUAUCUCCUUGAAUUUUCGGACUGUUUCAAAGAGCUAUCUUUUCUUAUAACAAACCUACAGUAACGAUGAUAAAGCUCUUCUGGGGAAUAGAACUUGAAAAGAACUGUACCCCUUUUCCUUUCUGUAGGAUCAUGUGAAAGUUUACAUGGUGAGAAACAAGUACAAACUGGGAUUGGAAACUCAUUUGAUUAUGACUGGUGUUUCUGAUUUUACUGCUGGCAAUAUCCUCCAUCAAGGUGACAACUAAUGUUUAUGAAAUGCACACUAAUCCAUACCGAUUUCUAUUGUACACAAGUAUAUACUCUGCUUAAGGCUGGCAUGCCAUCAGAACUACUUCAUUGUUAAUAUUUAAAUCAGUUAUUUAAUGUUUACACAAUAACACUUUCUUCCUUCUGAUGGUAAACCAGGAUUAAAUUCAGGGUAGGUACUGAAAGAAUGUUCUCAUUGAACUGCCAUAAAUGCAUAUGUCAUUGUCACUUUCAGCAAGAUGAUCAGUAGGUAGAAAUUAACUUUAUUUUCAAAUACCCAGUGCAGUUUUAUCCAUAUCAAGAAGUGUUUCACCCUGGGAACUUUCAGAAUAGUAUGCUGAACAGAGUGGUCCUCUCAAGACACUGAACAAUUUCUACAGCCUAGUUUAUGACUAGUUCAUUCUAACUAAUAUUUGCCACUGAGUCUGAAUCCUAGCCACCUGAAAGGCUAAAGAAGAAACAAUCUUAUGCCCUUAGGUCUUCACAUAGUGUUGAAAAUAGUUUAAGACAAACUAUAACCUGCCUGAGUCAACCAUAUCAGCUGUAUCUCUCUUGUCAAUGGUAUAGAAACACUGUAUUUUAGUUUACAGAACACAUUUAGUAUUUUUCCAUGUAAUGUCUACAUAUAAGAAUGAAGAAACUUGAUUUAGUUUUUAGUAAAAAGCCUUUUUAAGUGUACAUACUGAAUUGAGUGUUCCUGCUUUUUAGUCAGUUAAAAUGUAUUUUCAAACCUUGAAAUUAAGCUAACUUAAGUCUCAGACUUCACUCUGCAUGCCUCUGUUGGCCCCUCUUAGAUGAAAAAGACACUUGUGUUGAUUACAUUACCAGUUUUUAAUAAGACCAUUUAUGCUGUAGUUAUUUUUUUUCCUGUUUACAUAGUUUAGUUAAAAUUCAAUCCAUGCAUUUUCCCAUAGGCAGUUAGAAUGUGCAGUGUUUCAUAUUUAUAAAACUUGCUUUUUAUUUAAAUUGAGAAGUUGGGCUAUGAAUCAUAAUUUUGUAUGUAGAUGGCUGACUUAGUAUUUUGUACCUUUCCCAGCUAAAGUGAACUGUUUUGAGAAAGUGACCACCUUCAAAGUGGCAAAAAUCUUACUUGAGCAGGUUACUGCUUUUUCUUCUUUUUGCUGGAAAGUGGUCAGUGCCACCCUAACAGUUUUCCAGCAGAUUCAGCUGGCUGCCAGCUCCGAAUACCAAGGACUGAAGGACAUUUGACUCUUAUUUUUGUAUUUAAAUGACAUGAAUGUAAAGGGGGAUGCUCAGGGUUGUUUUGGAGCCUGUUGAAUUUUUAUCUUUUUUGCCUGUGAUUUUAUUUUCUAAAUAAAUACUUCAUGUAGCAAUCUUGAAUAUGUUGAGAAGGAAAAUGCCAAACCAUUUUGGUAAUAAAGUUACUAGUUAAGUUAUGUUACGAUAGGUGUUAAAGUACAAAAACUUUUAUUUGUUAAUUAAUCUUGAAGAAACACGUGCCUCAGUUCAGAUGUUUUGUCUUAUCUUUUCUGCACUAAAUACCUGACAGUUUGACCAAUCAAUGCACCUUUCCAGUGGCAAGACUUGCUUAUCGUAAAUUAUAUUGUCACAAUGCAAGAUUUAGUGACUGUAAAAUGGAAUAAAGUUAAAGUUUUCAGGGAAUGCAAAAGGUAUUAACUUAAGAGACAAAACCUUUAUUCAGUAUGCUUUGCUUCAUACUGUAAAUAGCUUUUUGGCUUGUGAACCUAAUUGUAAUCUUUCAGGUAUUUUUGUACAAAUAAGGGACUGAUAUUCUGUUUCUUGUAAUUAGAAAUAAACAUUAAUACAAUGCUA